UUCCCUGCAUGAUGGUCAAUGUUCAGAACAGAAACAGAAACAUGAGCAGUCCUUUGUUCUAUGAACUGAAGAAGCAAGCCUCUUCCUUCUUGAAAGAGAAGAUCAAAACCGCACGCCUGGCGCUGACUGAUGUAACACCUGCAGAGAUAAUGACAGAGGAAACUACAAAUGAAAGUUCAUGGCCACCAGACACACGUACCAUUGGGGUAAUAUCUAGAGCUGCCUUCGAGGUUGAUGAUUACUGGAGAAUUGUGGAGAUUCUGCAUAGGAGGUUGUUGAACUUUGAUAGAAAGAACUGGCGAGGCUCUUACAAAGCUCUAAUUGUAUUGGAAUACCUUCUAAGUCAUGGACCACUGAGACUUGCUGAGGAAUUUGACGAUGAUAUUGAUGUUAUCAAGCAGAUAGGAAGGUUUCAGCAUAUUGAUGAUAAAGGGUUUGAUUGGGGCUUGAGUGUGAGGAAGUUAUCUGAUAGAGUACUGAAGCUUGUUGGAGACACUGUAUUUCUCAAAGAAGAGAGAGCCAGAGCUCGCCAUCUAACUCGUGGAAUACAAGGGUUCGGGAGCUUCAGUCAGAAGCAUUCUUCUUCCACAGAUUCAACCUCGAAGGAGCUCUCUGUUAAAGCAUACGAGAGGUGUAACUCACACUACAGCAUUCAUCAGAGUAAGUUUCCCGACUUAAAUGAGCAUUUAUUGGUAAACAACCCGGAAUUGGUUAUCAAGACAACAUCUCAGCGAAGCCUGACAUGAAUCUCGACACAGUGCAA